AUGAAUGACACACACCACUUCAAAACCAUCAAAGCCUUGCCAUCUCAUCCAAGACACAACGAUUGGAAUAUGUUCACAGUUCAAGGAGAUGAAGUGGUACAACUCGGAGUGAGUACCUCUUGGGAGAUGUGGAAGCCUUCGAUUCCGUGUAUGCUUCAGCGAGGCUUUUCUCCUUCUCAAAUUGCUACUGAAAUGACUCGAGAGAUUGUCCAGGGUGUGUUGGCAAAGGGGGAAAAGCAAAGCUCAAAGAAGAGGAAGGAAGAGAGCACCAACAACGAGAAGGAGAAUAUAUAUGGCAAUUAUUAUGAAGAGAAGGAAGUUAAAUCAAAGAAUAGCAAUCCCUAUUUCGAGGUAGCUGAUACAGCUGUGAGGGAAAACAUUUGUAGCUUCUUGUUGGACUGUAUUAUGUCUAAUUAUAUGAAUUAG